AUUAUAUUUUUUGAUCAUUACUACGCACGCGUAAAUUUUAUACCGAUGACAAGUGGCGGCAAGAUCAUGUAGCGAUAAUUCGGUAAAUUAGGCUUGACUACAGUGUAUGUAGUGUAUUUGAGUCUACAUUUUAUUCGUUAAAUAGAAUAUGAACAUGUUGAGGUUACGUCUUUCUCCAAAUAUUUCUAAAAUAUGCAAACGCAAUAUAGGAAUAAUAGCACCUGCUCUCCAAAAGGCUACUGAUCCCAUACAAAAACUUUUUAUAGAUAAAAUUCGAGAAUAUACCAAUAAGAGCCAAGGUGGAAAAUUAGUUGACCCAACUCCAGAAAUUGAAAAAGAAAGAAAAGCUGAAUUAGAAAAACUUGCUACUCAAUUUGGUUGUUCUCCUGGCACAGAUAUGACAACUUUCCCAACAUUUACUUUUACUGAUCCACCAAUAGAUUCAGGAGUAUCAAAAAGUUAGAUAUACCAACAUGAUCUUCAAGUAGAAAAUGUAUAUAUAAAAUCAUUCAAUGUAUUAAAAUGUUCAUUAUAAAAAAAAUAAUAAAUAAAUAAUUUGAGAGAGA